AUCAACCAGUAAUCGUAUUUACAACUCAUUGUGUCGCCGCAUUAAUGAAUGCAAGCCAAACGAAAUAUCUCACCCAGGCACGCCUGGGCCGCUAUGAACUGACAUUGUUGAAUAAUCCAAAUUUGACCUUUCAGCAUUGUUCUACAAUAAAUCCAUCUGCCUUUUUGACGGAGCCACCUGAGCCUUGCACAGAGCCGCCCCACAAUUGUGAGAUGGCCAAUGACUUAUUAACAAAAACACAGGAAGGAUUGUCUGAUAUCCCAUUGGAAGGCAACAUACCAUCAUGGUUUGUCGAUGGCUCCUCUAUGGUUAUCCCUGAAACAGGACAGCGGGCUUCCGGCUAUGCAGUAGUAAACGGGUCACAGAUGAUUUUGGAAGAAGGAAGGUUUCAGAUUCCGUUAUCAGCGCAACAGGCAGAAUUAUUUGCCCUAACUCGAGCCUGCAUAUUAGCAACGGACAAACAAAUUAACAUCUAUACAGAUUCCCGAUACGCCUUUGGCGUUGCUCAUGACUUUGGCGCUCUCUGGCAACACAGAGGAUUCCUGACCUCGGCAGGAACACCCAUUAAGAAUGCCCUUUUUGUGCGUAAUUUGCUUACGGCGUUGAUGCUACCAGAUCAGCUGGCCAUUAUUAAAUGUACUGCACCCACUGGUGCAGGGGACCCUAUAGCAAAAGGUAAUGAAUUUGCCGAUAGUGUAUCCAAGCAAGCAGCCUGUACAUCCAAAUGCGUGGUGACAUCUGGUAAACAGAUACUAGCAAAUAGAACGGUCCUGCCAGAUAUGAGGGAGGUAUGUACAUUACAGAGGGACGCCUCUGAUAACCAAAAACAACUAUGGAAACAAGAGGGCUGUGCCAUUGACUCCACCACAGGUCUUUGGCUCACCCCGCUUGGGCAAGUUUGUGUAUCUGAUGCAUUUUUACCUGUUUUGCUAACAUAUAUUCACUCACUUACCCAUGCUGCGCGGCGGCGGCCAAUGGGAGGCGGCGGUGAUGUAGCCGGCAACCAAGGAGGGCGACGCGAUGACGUCACGACGCAGGCCCUAGUUACCAUGAUGGCGGCGGCAACGGCGGAGCAGAAGAAGCAGAAGGAGGAGGAGGAGGAUGGGGCGGCGGAUCCCCUGCUCGCCCUCUCGCUCUACGCUUACCGGGUGCACAGGCACGUGCACACAAGGGAACGGCCCUACUCCUGUGCCCAGUGCUGCAAGGGCUUCACCAGCUACAGCAGACUGCUGGUGCACCAGCGCACCCACACUGGUGAGCGCCCCAACACCUGUGCCCGGUGCGGCAAGGGCUUCACCCAGUUUAACAACCUGCUGACGCAACAGCGCACCCACACCGGCGAGCGUCCCUACACCUGCGCCCAGUGCGGCAAGGGCUUCACCAGCUCCUCCAAGCUGCUGUCCCAUCAGCGGGUGCACACCGACGACCGUCCCUUCCCCAGCCCGGUGUGUGGUGAGCGCUUAGCCAAGGCCUCCUACGCCCUGUCUCACCAGCGCGUGCAUACCAGUGGCCAGCCCUACGACUGCCCGUACUGUGGUGAGGAAUUUGACAGCUCACAGAGGUUGCUAUAGCACCGGCGGACCUACGCUGGUGAGUAGCUGCUCCCACUGUGACAAGAGAGCAUGGGGGCUGCG